AUGCUCAUUCGAUCUCCGAGCACGAGUAAUAAUGUCAACGAGAGAGGGCGUAACCGUAAAGGAUGUCAACCCGCACGCUUUCAACAAGGCAUUUGCGGCUUUUCUGAAAAAGUCGAGCAAAUUGAAGGUGCCUUCGUGGGUCGAUAUUGUCAAGACCGGGCGGCAUAAGGAGUUGGCACCGUAUGACCCUGAUUGGUACUUCAUCAGAGCAGCGUCGAUUGCACGUCACAUCUAUCUACGAGGCGGGGUAGGAGUUGGAGCGUUAACAAAAGUAUAUGGAGGACGAAAGAGGAACGGAACCGAGCCGAACCAUUUCCAACGCGGUUCGUCGUCUGUCGCUAGGAAUAUUUUGAAGGGUCUAGAAGGAAUGAAGCUGGUGGAAAAGGAUGCUAAUGGUGGACGGAGGAUUACGUCACAGGGACAGAGAGAUUUGGAUCGUAUUGCAUUGCAGGUCUCACAGCAGCAAGAAAAAUCAUGAGACUCGGACUGUACUUUGUUGGUGAUGUUGCGUGAUCAAUACAUUACUUAUGUACAA